CCCGCUCCUCACCGUUUACCAUUGGCCGCAGCGCUCGCCAAUCCAGCCCCCUGGCCGCUAAGGGGGCGUGGCCUCGCGGUGCCGGGCCGGGGGCGGCGUCUGUCGCCGCUGCGCGUUGCGGUGCGGGCGGCGGGAUGAUGGAGCUGGGAUCGCGGCGCGUUCUGAUCCCACUCGCUGUCCCUGCUGACACCUGAGCCGUGGCGGUGAUGCUGCCGAGACUUCUGCAGCCCACAAGUCAACCUACAUGAUUGUCAGCCAUGCCUUUAGUGAAGAGGAGCAUCGAACCCCGGCACCUGUGCCGCGGUGCUCUGCCGGAAGGAAUCACCAGUGAGCUUGAAUGUGUAACCAAUAGCACCCUCGCAGCAAUCAUCCGCCAGCUAAGCAGUCUGAGCAAACAUGCAGAAGACAUAUUUGGUGAGCUGUUUAAUGAGGCUAACAACUUCUACAUCAGAGCAAAUUCUCUUCAAGACAGAAUUGAUCGCCUUGCUGUCAAAGUCACCCAGCUGGACUCCACAGUGGAAGAGGUCUCACUGCAGGAUAUCAACAUGAAGAAAGCAUUCAAAAGCUCCACCAUCCAAGACCAGCAGGUGGUUUCCAAGAACAGCAUUCCCAACCCUGUUGCUGACAUUUACAACCAGAGUGACAAGCCUCCACCUCUGAACAUUCUCACACCAUACAGAGAUGAUAAGAAGGAUGGGCUGAAGUUCUACACUGAUCCCUCUUACUUCUUUGACCUCUGGAAAGAAAAGAUGCUGCAGGACACAGAAGACAAGAGGAAGGAGAAACGACGUCAGAAGGAGCAAAAACGUGUAGAUGGCACCACCCGUGAGGUGAAAAAGGUUAGAAAAGCCAGAAACAGGCGCCAGGAGUGGAAUAUGAUGGCGUAUGACAAAGAGCUUAGGCCCGACAACAGGUUGUCUCAGAGUGUGCACCACGGAGCAUCCUCCGAGGGAUCUCUGUCCCCAGAUACUAGGUCUCACGCAUCCGAUGUCACCGAUUACUCUUAUCCUGCUACUCCCAGCCACUCUUUGCAACCACAGCCAGUGACACCUUCCUGCACAGCUGGUGAUGCACCACUGCAUGGAGCCACAAACCAAGGUGCUGAGCAUGAGUACCGACCCUCAUCUGCCUCAGCAAGGCACAUGGCCCUAAACAGACCUCAGCAGCCACCGCCCCCACCUCCUCCCCAGGCCCCAGAGGGGUCCCAGGCUUCUACAUCAGUGGCUCCAGCCGACUAUGGGAUGCUUCCAACGCAGAUAAUUGAAUACUACAACCCCUCAGGACCACCACCACCUCCCCCUCCACCCAUGAUUCCUUCAGCACAAACUGCCUUCGUCAGCCCUCUCCAGAUCCCCGCACAGCCCCCAUUCCCUGCCUCAGCUGCUUCCACGUACCCUGCCCCUUCCCACCAGCCCUCCACUGGGCUCUUGGCCACAGCUCCACCGCCUCCAGGCCCCCCACCUCCUCCACCUGGCCCUCCUGGCCCCUCUUCUCUUUCAUCCUCCCCACUGCAUGGUCCCCCAGUGGCUGAGGCGAAGCGCCCAGAACCUGCACAGCCACCCAUAAGUGAUGCAAGAAGUGACCUCCUGGCUGCCAUCCGGAUGGGAAUCCAGCUGAAAAAGGUGCAGGAACAACGUGAGCAGGAAGCCAAACGGGAGCCUGUCGGGAACGAUGUGGCCACAAUCUUGUCUAGACGCAUCGCUGUGGAGUACAGUGACUCAGAUGAUGACUCUGAGUUUGACGAGAAUGACUGGUCCGACUGAGUUGCACAGGGCCAGGCAGGAGGUGGACAGCCAGGGCACUGUAUGGAAGUGUUAGGAGCCUGUGUGAUCUCUGCACCCACAUAGUGGUGUUACCCUGUAGCUUUAGUAACUUUUGUAUUAACAGUGUGCUAUUGCUUCUGCACAUCCUUCUGGAUUUGUUGAGUAUUUACUGUGUAAUACUUAAGUGCCACUAAACACAGCACACCGUGCUGCACACCAGGAAAUACGCUGUAACUAGUGCAUAGUCCUGAAAUGGCAUCUCCCUUUCCUCUC